AGGUUAAUCCAGACCCUCCAGACAGACAUCCUCAUACACUGCCACCUAUCAUGUCUCUCCUGUAUGUUAUUGGCAUGCUGGGACUUUUAAUGAAGGUUGCCGUGCCUAUGUGUGCCCCCACUGACUACACCAUCUACAUUGAGAGACAGGAGUGCAAUUACUGUGUGGCUGUCAACACCACCAUCUGCAUGGGCUUCUGUUUCUCCAGGGACAGUAACAUAAAGGAGUUGGUGGGUCCUCGUUUUAUUGUUCAGAGGGGAUGCACUUAUCAGGAAGUUGAGUACCGGACAGCCGUCUUGCCGGGAUGCCCUUCACAUGCAGAUCCUCACUUCACCUACCCAGUGGCACUUAGCUGUCACUGCAGCACCUGCAAAACCCACAGUGAUGAAUGUGCCCUUAAAACCCGCAGCGCUGGGAUGAGAUGCUCUAAACCUGUGCAUCAUCUGUACCCCGAGGAGAACAACUACGCCCAAGCAUAUUGGGACCAGUAUGAGUAAUAUUUGAUUAUUUAUUCUAAAUCUAAAAUUAAAGUCUUCAUGCUCAUGGGAACAGUUGUUUGUUAGAUAAUUGUUGAGUAAACCUUAUAUCAUAAAGUUACCUAAUCCAUUACGUUACUGGGUUUUAUAUCCAGCAUCUGAUGUGUUUAUUGAAGCCAAACAUGAUUUAAAAAGAAGGUGUGGUUUUAAUAGGGUUCAAAUAUUUAUGCUUUUAAGGAUGAUAUACCUUUUGUGAACUUUAAUGGUGUUUUAGUGUUUGACUGGCAGGGUUGCCAUAAAAAAUACAG